AUGGUUUUGCAUUUGUUCAUUGCUGGUCUUAGUGCGUUGAUUGCUACUACUACUACCCUAGCUAGUAUAAUUCAAAAUAAACCAAGAGAUGGAGUUUUAGCAUUUGAUAUGAGAACAGAUUAUUCAUCAGCAUUGACAAAAAGACAAGUUGCUCAACAUGAUUAUUUUCUUCCUGUUAAAGCUUUUCCUAAAAUUGUAUUACAAAUUGGUUCAAAUAAAGAUGAAGUUGAAUUAGAUGUUGAUACAGGAAGUUGGUUAGUUCAAAUACCUGAUGUUGCAACAAAUUGUACAACAUGUUUAUUGCCAAGUGGUAAAUUGGGUUUAUAUAAUUCUAAUAAAUCAACAACUGCAGUUAAAACUGGAAAAGCUAUGAAUAGUAAUUUUUAUAAGACUGCUUAUUAUCAUGGAGAAGGAGUUAUUGAUGAUAUUUGGUUUGGACCAAACUUCAAAAUUCCAAACACGUUAUUUAAUGAUGUUCAAGAUAUAGGAUCCUCAUGGUCUUUUGGAAUUCUAGGACUUGCUAAACCCCCUUAUGGUGAAGAUGAUUUAAAUAUUGUUUGGAAUGCUUAUAGAGCAGGUUUGAUUGCUCAACCAAUUAUUUCUAUAAAUCAAAGAAAUUCAAGUGGUAAUAGUUUACAAUUAAUUAUUGGUGGUUAUAGUAAAUCUCAAAUGGUUGAAGAUUAUACUUGGACAUCAAUUUAUAAUGAAAAUCUAGUUGCUCAAAUUGAUUUUGUUAAUAUAAAUGGAACAGAAGUAAGAGUUGAUCGUAAUGUGGUUUUUGAUACUGGAAAUUAUUAUGUUUUUGCUAAUGCAGAAGUUGUAGAUGCACUUUUAGCUUCUUUCCCUGAUGAUCCAAAUAAUAAAAGAGGUAGUCAUAAAAUCGAUUAUAAUUUAAUUCAAGAUAAAACAAUGACUGUUUCAAUUUAUGGUAAAAAUUAUACUAUUCCUUUACAAGCUUUUGUUGAACCCGAUUGUACUGGACAACACUGUGAAAUCAUCAUUUAUGAAUCAAAACAAUGGAAUUGGGGAUCUGCUUUCAAUAGAUUUUUAAAUAUAGCUUUGAAUUAUGGUGAUAGUACAUUUAUUGGAAUUGCUGAAUGGAAACCAUCAAAUACUAAUGAAAUCGUUUCAUUUUAA